AUGCGCGCCCGGCAAGGAAACAGAUCGGCGAUGUCUUCCAAGCGGAUAGUCUGCCUCGCAGCCGUCGCCAGCCUCAUCAUCCAGGGCCAGCCGAGCAGCCAGCAACCGGGCGCAUUCCCGCCGAGCGACCAGCUGGGCUAUCUGGGCAACACCCAAUUUGGCGACCAGCCAGACCUCAUCAACUCCCCUCGCCAGCCGACCCUCCAAAACCAUUUCCCAGUCCUCGAACCCAAUCGGACUGCCGCACACCCAUCCGAUGAGCCCGACUUCAUCGUCUCUCGCCACUGGGGCAACCUCUCUCCGAUGUUCUCACUCCCCACAGACACCUUUGGCAUCCAAUCUGGCCCCGAGAUCCCCGCAGGCUGCCAGAUCAAUCAGCUCCACCUGGUACACCGUCACGGCGCUAGAUAUCCUACUUCGGGCACCCUCCUGCCCCAAUUUGGCCAAAUGAUUCGUGCGGCCCAGGAUAAUGGAACGUUUCAAGCCACAGGAGAUUUGGCUUUCUUGAACCAGUGGAAGUUCAAAUUAGGCAGCGAAGUCCUCACACCAUUCGGGCGUUCGCAAAUGUUUCAACUGGGGGUUUCAUACCGACAAAAGUAUGGAUUCCUACUACCAUCCGAUCCGGACAAACCGCACCAGCAAGAUAAAGCCCAAGCCUUGCCCGUCUUCCGGACCACCUCCCAGCAUCGGAUGUACCACUCAGCGCUGAACUUUGCCGCCGGUUUCUUCGGCCUACCCCUCGAAGGAAAAUACCACCAAUCGAUCAUCAUCGAGAACAAAGGCUUCAAUAACUCAUUGGCGCCCUACCUCAGCUGCCCCAAUUCACAGUUACCCGAACGAGCUGAUGCUGGCACUCGUGCCGCCCAGGUCUGGAAAGAGGUAUCGUUGAAAGAAACCCAGCAGCGACUCAACCAACUGGUCUCCGGUAUUCAAUUCUCAAUUUCAGACAUUAACACCAUGCAAGCACUAUGCGCCUACGAAUCUGUGGCGCUUGGCACCAGUGAAUUUUGCAACCUGUUUACCCCUGGGGAAUGGAAAGAUUUCACAUACGCAAACGAUCUCGAAUUUUGGUACUCGGCGAGCUUUGGGAACCCUGACUCGGCUGCACUCGGCGCUGGCUGGACCGAAGAACUACUGGCUCGCUUGACCCAGAUCUCGCCGACCGCGGGCACGUCCUCGAUCAAUGUGACCCUUGACGCGGACCCAGUGACCUUCCCUCUGGACCAAUCCAUCUACGUCGAUGCCACCCACGACACCGUCCUGACCGCCAUCGUCGUUGCCCUCAACCUCACCAGCCUGGCCCAAUCUGGUCCACUACCCACCGACAGACGACUUGAGCCCAGAUCAUUCACCAGCACUCACAUCUCUCCCUUUGGCGCUCAACUGGCUGCACAAGUCUUGACCUGUCCAACCGCACCAGGCUCCAGCUCGACUAGCAAAUUGAUCAGGUUUAUCCUUAACGACGCUGUCGUCCCCUUAGAUGGCUUGCAGGGAUGUGCACCCAACAACAGCACUGGGCUCUGUGACUUGGACAACUUCAUCACUGGCCUCGAGAGUCGACUGUCGGAGAUUGACUACCAGAAGACUUGUUUUGGUCCAUGA